GCGCAGCGCCUUCUGGCCACUGUUCGAAGCAGCCUCUCCUCCAGAGCCGGGGCUGCGACUGUGCGUUGGGCAGCCGUGAGGCCGAGAAGCAUGCGCACCAGGGGCGCAGGCUGCCCCGCUGGGCUGCUGGCCAUCGGAUGGCUGAUCCUGGUGGGCCUGCAGGCCUCGCAGGCAUCGAAUGUCACCUCCAGCGGCGGCGUCCAGGAACCCGGCGUGGCCCGCGAGGGCGAGAGUGAGAGCGAGAGCGAGAGCGAGGAGGAGGCUGAGAACGAAGGCGAAGUGCCUGAGUCCGAAACCACGGGCGAGGCCGAGGCCGAGGAAGAGGUUCAGAACAGAACAAUAGUCAAAGAAGUAGAAUUCGGAAUGUGCACAGUCACGUGUGGUGUUGGUAUCAGAGAAGUAAUUCUAACCAAUGGAUGCCCUGGAGGUGAAUCCAAGUGUGUUGUUCGUGUGGAAGAAUGCCGUGGACCUGUUGAUUGUGGCUGGGGCAAACCAAUUUCUGAAAAUCUUGAUAGUGCUAGACUAUCAUGUAUUCAUAUAUCUCCUGAAAAUCGUUUCAAAUAUGUAUGGAAGCUUCUAAAGCCAGACCAACAACCUGUUAUACUGACAAAUGACUCAGCAGUCCUGGAAAUAACAAGAGAAGUUCGUCCUCUGGCUUUUGAGUGUGACACCUUGGAUAAUAAUGAAAUGAUAGCAUCUGUUAAAUUCACCGUCUAUACAACAAAUGAACUGCAGAUGAGAAGAUCCAGCAGACCAGACACUGAUGCAGUCUUAGUUUUCGUGCUGACCAUAGGAGUCAUUAUCUGCAUAUUUGUGAUCUUCGUAUUGAUUUUCAUCAUCAUAAAUUGGGCGGCAGUGAAAUCCUUCUGGGGGUCAAAAACUUCCGCAACUGAGAUCCAGUCUGAGCUGAGCUCUAUGAGGUAUAAAGAUUCGACGUCUCUCGACCAGUCACCGACAGAUAUACCUGUCCAUGAAGAUGAUGCUUUAAGUGAAUGGAAUGAAUGAUGGAUGGAUGACGUAUGAGAAACCAGAGACCAUUAGAGCAUAUCAGAUUCAUUAUUAUCAAAAUAAAAUAUAUAUUGGAAAUUU